UGCAGCAUGUGUGUGUGUGAGAGAGAGAGAGGGAGAGAGAGUAGUUUCUUCUACUACUCCUACUGAUUUCAUCAAUUUAACACUCGGGUCCCUAGGCUAGAGGCCGUACAAAGGGAGUGUGUGUGUGUGUGUGUGUGUGUGUGUCUGUGAGAUGUAGUGGUGAGCAGGAGGCAACAGAGGAGCAACCUGGGACACGAGAGAUACCAAGCGCCCAUCUCCAAGAGCGCAGCAGGAAAGGGGGAAAGUGCCCCCUGAGAAGAGACUAUAAGUGCAGAAUAAAACAAAAUAAAUAAAUAACUCAGUUGCUCUUUAUUUAGCCGCCCGCGCGAAAGUGUCCCACCAAGUUUCCGGCCAGGUGGACGCCAGCGCUCAAGAUACCAUCUUGACCUUCGCUGACCAGCGCCUGGACUGUGACCUAGCCAUUGAGCAUGAAGUGGAACUUGUUCAAGAAGAAGCCAGAGGCCAUGGUGGGGCCUGAGCCCACCGGUGCCACCACAAUGACGGCAGCCCCUGCUCCAGCAGUUUCCACUGCAGCUGACAAUUCCACUGAGUCUGGUGGGCCGGUCAACAAAAAUGAUUUCUUCGAGGAGAUCAAAAACAAGUUUGUCAAUGAGAUUGGCAAGAUCCCAAUGCCACCCUGGGCCAUCAUCGCCAUUGCCGUUGUGGCUGCCCUCCUCAUCCUUACCUGCUGCUUCUGCAUCAUCAAGAAGUGCUGCUGCAAGAAGAAGAACAAGAAGAAGGGAAAAAAGGGGAAAGGCGACAUGGGGUUAAAGAACAUGAAGGGAGGCGAGGAUGAUGAUGAUGAUGACGAUGCAGAGACAGGAAUGACCGGGGAUGAGAAGGAGGAAGAGCAGAAGGAGGAGGAGAAGCUGGGCAAGCUGCAGUACUCCCUGGACUAUGAUUUCCAGGAUAACAAGCUCACUGUGGGAAUUCUCCAAGCAGCUGACCUCAUCUCCAUGGAUACAGGCGGCACCUCAGACCCCUAUGUCAAAGUCUUCCUUCUGCCUGACAAGAAGAAAAAGUUUGACACCAAGGUGCACAAGAAGACGCUGAACCCUGUCUUCAAUGAGUCUUUCGUGUUCAAGGUUCCCUACCAAGAAUUGGGUGGGAAGACUUUGGUGAUGUCCGUUUAUGACUUUGACCGCUUCUCCAAGCAUGACAUCAUUGGAGAGGUGAAACUGCCAAUGAACACAGUAGACCUGGGCCAGCCCAUUGAAGAGUGGAGGGACCUGGAGAGUGCUGAGAAAGAGGAGCCAGAGAAGCUGGGUGACAUCUGUAUCUCACUCCGCUAUGUCCCAACAGCAGGCAAGCUCACCAUCUGCAUCCUGGAGGCCAAGAACCUCAAAAAGAUGGAUGUGGGAGGACUGUCAGACCCCUAUGUGAAGAUCCACCUAUUGCAGAAUGGCAAGAGAUUAAAGAAAAAGAAGACCACAGUAAAGAAGAACACGCUGAACCCCUACUACAAUGAGUCCUUCAGUUUUGAGGUCCCUCUGGAGCAGAUGCAGAAAAUCCAAGCCGUAAUAACAGUGCUGGACUACGAUAAGAUCGGCAAGAAUGAUGCCAUUGGCAAGAUCUUUGUGGGCAGCAAGGCAACGGGCACAGAGCUGAGGCACUGGUCUGACAUGUUGGCCAAUCCACGGCGCCCCAUUGCUCAGUGGCAUCCGCUCAAGCCUGAGGAGGAGGUUGACGCCAUCUUGGCAGCACUAGCCGGCAAAAAGUAACCCCAUUCCCAUCCCAACCCACCAACCCCACUCCCCAACUGUGUCUCCACCCCCCACCUCACUGCAUUGAUAUAUCUUGUCUCUUAACAAUCGACUCGGUAUCUCACACUGCAUGAGAUUUGCGGAUCACCACCCAUGGCAGCCGUAGUCAAACAAAUUGACUGCCGAGAACAGUACAUUUUGGUUUUUUUGGUUUACAUCGACUGUAAGGUCACUGAAAAUGAGCGCACGGCAAGUAGGGAGAAGCGGACGUAGGGA